CUGGUGUACACGUAGUUUUCGUUCGCUCCGUCUUUAUAAAUUUUAGUGUUUUUUAAAGUGUGUGUUUUUAUUUUCAAAAAUAAUUUUAAUCAUGGCUGGUUCAAUUGGAAACAUGGCUAAAGUGUACAAGAAGAAUUUCACAUAUGUACCACCAACACCGCCUGCAGAGCUCAUCGACUGUAAUAAUUUCAUACUAGACUUCACCGGCCGUAAGUUUUUGAAUGUAGAACUUGAUCCUACGGACGAAUUCAACACCGUAGUACAAAUAAUCACACCAUCGCGGUAUAUUAAUAUGCCAGCCGACUUUCUAAGACGUAUAUUUUCCCUGAUGGGGAAUAUAUUGUCGUUUAUUUUGGAUCAACCGCAAAAAUAUAAGCGAAAUUUAUUUCUGGAAACCGAAAUUAUUUCGCUGUCUAGUAUGGUGUAUCAAGGGGAAAAUAUGCUUGUCAUCGAAUCAAAAACACAAGCUGGAUGUCGAGUAUUGCUAAAUCGUGCAGAUUUAAUGAAAUUACAAUACAUGGAGGAGAGUAUUUUCGAAACGUUCGCACGAAAGUCAGCCAUCAUACGUCCAGUUGUAUUAAGGCAAUUUGAAAUUAUUGAAAAUUAUAUAGACCGGGAAUUUACCAAUGUGCAAUCGCCACCGAAAACAGUUGACGAAAUGAUAAUUUUUAUUAAAAACCUUCAGACCGAUCAAAUCAUCAAGAAUAUCGACUUAAAUUUUGUUAGUCAGCUGAAAAUGUGUGCAGCACGGAAAUUAGCUGAACAAUGGUCUCAACGAUGGAGCGGAGGAAUGUCACCAGAGGUAAUUAAAUCUUAA